UUGAGUAUCGUUCAGUCUUUAAAAGUUCAGUCAGUUAACCAUGUUUUCACUGGUUUUGCUUGCCUUGUCUCUAUUGACAUUGGCGUGGUACUACCUGAAACACCACUACAGUUUUUGGGAACGUCGCGGAUUUCCAAAUGACAGGCACUCCGGGAUUCCGUUCGGAUGUUUGGACAGCGUUUGGAGGCAGGAGAAGUGCAUGGGCUUGGCCAUAUACGACGUCUAUAAGAAGAGCAAGGAACGAGUGUUGGGCAUUUACUUGCUCUUCCGUCCGGCUGUUUUAGUCCGGGAUGCCGAACUGGCUCGUCGAGUUUUGGCACAGGAUUUCGCCAGCUUCCACGAUCGCGGAAUUUAUGUAGAUGAGGAGAAAGACCCACUGUCGGCCAGUAUAUUUGCUUUGAGAGGCCAAAGUUGGCGAUCAAUGAGGCAUAUGUUAUCACCGUGUUUCACCUCGGGCAAACUGAAGGCCAUGUAUAGCACAUCCGAGGAUAUUGGUGACAAAAUGGUGGCUUAUCUCCAGAAGGAGCUCCCAGAACAAGGUUUCAAGGAGGUGGAUCUCAAGAAAGUGAUGCAGAACUAUGCCAUCGAUAUAAUUGCUUCGACUAUUUUUGGUUUGGAUGUGAAUAGCUUCGAAAAUCCCGACAACAAAUUCCGAAACUUGGUUACUCUUGCAAGAGCAAAUAGUCGCUUUAACGCUUUGUUUGGUAUGAUGUUAUUCCUGGUGCCAAGCAUUGCAAAGUUCCUGUUCAGAGUGGGUUUUAAAAAUCCAGUUGGACUGGCCAUGCUGGAGAUUGUCAAAGAGACUGUUGAGUACCGCGAAAAACACGGCAUUGUUCGAAAGGAUUUGCUGCAAUUGCUAAUUCAGUUGAGGAAUACGGGCAAGAUAGAGGAAAAUGACGAGAAGUCCUUCAGCAUACAGAAGACACCCGAUGGUCAUAUAAAGACUAUUUCGCUUGAGGCCAUCACAGCCCAGGCCUUCAUUUUCUACAUUGCUGGUCAGGAAACUACAGGAUCGACCGCAGCAUGUACCAUCUUUGAGUUGGCUCAAUACCCAGAUUUGCUAAAACGUCUCCAGGAUGAAGUGGACGAGACACUGGCCAAAAACAAUGGAAUAAUCAGCUACGACGCCCUGCACAAGAUGGAGUUUUUGGAGCUGUGCCUGCAGGAAACCAUGCGCAAAUAUCCGGGUCUUCCCAUCCUGAACCGAGAAUGCACCCAGGAUUACACUGUACCCGACACCAAUGACGUCAUUCCCAAGGGAACACCGGUGGUAAUAUCGCUGUAUGGUAUUCAUCAUGACCCAGAAUACUUCCCGGAUCCCGAGAAAUAUGAUCCAGAUCGUUUCUCGGAGGAGAGUCGCAACUACAAUCCCACUGCCUUCAUGCCUUUUGGUGAGGGUCCCAGGAUUUGCAUUGCCCAGCGAAUGGGUCGUGUUAAUUCCAAGCUGGCCAUCAUAAAGAUCCUGCAGAACUUCAACGUUGAGGUGAUGAGCAAACGCGAAUUGGAGUUCGAAAAAAGCGGCAUUGCCCUGAUAGCCAAAGACGGAGUUCGAGUGCGUUUGUCCAAGAGAGUCCCCAAAUUGGAUUAUCAAUGUGGACCUACUUUGAGAACCGUUAAGUUCAGUGAAAAGUUCAAUCGGUUAACCAUGUUUCCGCUGGUUUUGCUGGUCUUGUCGCUUUUGACAUUGGCGUGGUUCUACCUGAAACACCAUUAUAGUUUUUGGGAACGUCGCGGAUUUCCAAAUGACAGACACUCCGGGAUUCCGUUCGGAUGUUUGGACAGCGUUUGGAGGCAGGAGAAGUGCAUGGGCUUGGCCAUAUACGACGUCUAUAAGAAGAGUAGGGAACGAGUCUUGGGCAUUUACUUGCUCUUCCGUCCGGCUGUUUUAGUCCGGGAUGCCGAACUAGCUCGUCGAGUUUUGGCACAGGAUUUCGCCAGCUUCCACGAUCGCGGUGUUUAUGUAGAUGAGGAGAAAGACCCACUGUCGGCCAACAUAUUUUCUUUGAGAGGCCAAAGUUGGCGGUCAAUGAGGCACAUGUUAUCGCCAUGUUUCACCUCUGGCAAGCUGAAGGCCAUGUACACUACGUCCGAAGAUAUUGGCGACAAAAUGGUGGCUUAUCUCCAGAAGGAGCUCCCAGAACAAGGUUCCAAGGAGGUGGAUCUCAAGAAAGUAAUGCAUGACUAUGCCAUCGACAUAAUUGCUUCGACCAUUUUUGGUUUGGAAGUGAAUAGCUUCGAAAAUCCCGACAACAAAUUCCGAAACUUGGUAACUAUUGCAAGAACAAAUAAUCGCUUUAUGGCUUUGUUUAAUAUGAUGAUAUUCUUGGUGCCAAGCAUUGCAAAGUUCUUGUUCAGAGUGGGUUUUAAAAAUCCAGUUGUAGUGGCCAUGCUUGAGAUAGUAAAAGAGACUGUUGAGUACCGGGAAAAACACGGCAUUGUUCGAAAGGAUUUGCUGCAAUUGCUAAUUCAGUUGAGGAAUACGGGCAAGAUAGAGGAAAAUGACGAGAAGUCCUUUAGCAUACAGAAGACUCCCGAUGGUCAUAUUAAGGCUAUUUCGCUAGAGGCCAUCACCGCGCAAGCCUUCAUUUUCUUCAUUGCUGGUCAGGAAACCACGGGAUCGGCCGCAGCAUGUACCAUAUUUGAGUUGGCUCAAUACCCAGAGUUGCUGAAGCGCCUCCAGGAUGAAGUGGACGAGACACUGGCCAAGAACAAUGGAAAGAUCACCUACGAUGCCCUGCACAAGAUGAAGUUCUUGGAGCUGUGCUUGCAGGAAGCCACCCGCAAAUAUCCGGGUCUUCCCUUCCUGAACCGAGAAUGCACCCAGGAUUACCCUGUUCCGGAUACCAAUGACGUCAUUCCCAAGGGAACACCGGUGGUGAUCUCUCUGUUUGGUAUUCAUCGCGACGCAGAAUACUUCCCGGAUCCCGAGAAAUAUGAUCCAGAUCGUUUCUCGGAGGAGAGCCGCAACUACAAUCCCACUGCCUUCAUGCCUUUUGGUGAGGGUCCCAGGAUUUGCAUUGCCCAGCGAAUGGGUCGUGUUAAUACCAAGCUGGCCAUCAUUAAAAUCCUUCAGAACUUCAACGUUGAGGUGAUGAGCAAACGCGAAUUGGAGUUCGAAAACAGCGGCGUUGCCCUGGUAGCCAAAGACGGAGUUCGAGUGCGUUUGUCCAAGAGGGUCCCCAAAUUGGAUUAAUUUUUCAAACUGAUGAAAUACAUUAGUUAAGUGGUAAUAAGCCGCUAAUAGCUACACCGCUAAUUUCAUAAAAAAUAAUAACCUCGGUUAACAAAAAAAAUAAUAUAUUCAUUGUAGUAAAUUCAAAAAUAAAUAGUGCAAUUUUAGUUGGA